GUCUGCACCACGUUUUAAGUACAAUAACAAUUUUUUCCAACUUAAUGCCUAUUAAAUGUUAUAAUGAGCGUAUAUCAUGAUGAAGUCGAAAUAGAAGAUUUUGAAUAUGAUGAUAACGGAGAGGUGUAUUAUUAUCCAUGUCCAUGUGGCGACCGUUUUCAAAUAUCAAAGGAUGAACUAAUACAAGGCGAAAUCGUUGCAAAAUGUCCCAGUUGUUCAUUAAUUGUAAAAGUGAUCUAUAAUUUGGAUUUCUUCAAAGCGGAAGUAGAUAAUUAUUUUCUCGAAGAAAAGACAAACGUUAAUUUAAUUAGAAACUGACUAUUAUAUUUUAAACUGAAUUUAAUUGCCAAAAAUUAUUAACUAAGACAAUGUCUUUUCUACAUUAUUUCUUGUAUAGCGUUGGUCCUCACUAGUAUUGUUUAUUCUCGUGCUUAAGUUAAAAUAAAUUAGAUGCUAUAUCCUAAUAACAACAAAAGGAAAAAGAUUGUACAAAAGUUUGUGACACUAAAUUUAACAUUUGCAUAAAUAUAGUAGAAUAAGUCUGCGUUCACCCGCAAAAUUUUGUUUAAAUUUCACAUAUGUAUGUACCUUAAUUAGUUUUUACUGAAAUUGUUUUCUGAUGUAUUAUGACCAAAAAAACAAUAAUAAAGUUUAAACAUAAAAAA